UCGAGGCGGAGGGAAGGAGGGGUAAGGGGAGGAGGAGGCGAGCGGACGGCCGCCGCAGCUGCAGACCCGGGGCCAGAGGAGGAGGCGGAGCGGGAGCCGCCGCAGCCACUCGGGCCGCCGCCGCCGCCCGCAGCCGCGGGGCUGCUCCGAGUCCUCUCCGGGCUUGAGGGCACGCGGGACCCCCCAGCCAUGCCCCGCAGCGGCCACUGAGCCGGGUGCCGGCCCCCUCCUUUCGGGCUGCCUCAGCCGUCGCGCCCCCCGGCCGCAGCUGCCCGGCGCCUCCCGCGCGCCCCGGACCGCGAGCGCGAGCAGCGGCGGCCGCCAAGGCGCGGGUGGUGCCGGCGGCGGCGGGGGAGAUGGACCCGGCGCCCUCGCUGGGCUGCAGCCUCAAGGAUGUGAAGUGGAGCUCGGUGGCCGUGCCGCUCGACCUGCUGGUCAGCACUUACCGGCUGCCCCAGAUCGCGCGGCUGGACAACGGAGAAUGCAUAGAAGGGCUGCGGGAAAACGACUACCUUCUGAUUCAUUCGUGCCGUCAGUGGACCACCAUCACUGCCCACAGCCUGGAGGAGGGACACUAUGUCAUUGGGCCAAAGAUAGAGAUUCCGGUACAUUAUGCAGGGCAAUUCAAGCUACUGGAACAAGACCGAGAUAUAAAGGAACCAGUGCAAUAUUUCAACAGCGUGGAGGAGGUGGCUAAAGCAUUUCCUGAGCGUGUGUACGUCAUGGAGGAGAUAACAUUCAAUGUGAAGGUUGCUUCAGGUGAAUGCCAUGAGGACACCGAAGUUUAUAACAUUACCCUGUGUACUGGGGAUGAACUCACCCUAAUGGGGCAGGCAGAAAUCCUUUAUGCAAAGACUUUCAAAGAAAAGUCACGACUCAAUACAAUCUUCAAAAAGAUUGGGAAGCUCAAUUCCAUCAGCAAGCUGGGAAAAGGGAAAAUGCCCUGCCUCAUCUGCAUGAAUCACCGGACCAAUGAGAGCAUCAGCCUUCCAUUCCAGUGCAAGGGCAGAUUCAGCACCCGGAGUCCCCUGGAGCUUCAGAUGCAGGAGGGUGAACACACCAUCCGCAACAUAGUGGAGAAGACUAGGCUUCCUGUGAACGUGACUGUGCCGAGUCCUCCACCGAGAAACCCCUACGACCUCCACUUCAUCCGCGAGGGGCACCGCUACAAGUUCGUGAACAUCCAGACCAAGACGGUGGUGGUUUGCUGCGUGCUCCGGAACAACAAGAUCCUCCCCAUGCACUUUCCUUUGCACUUGACUGUCCCCAAGUUCAGCCUCCCAGAACACUUGGUGAAGGGGGAGGGAUGGCCCGAAACCCUGGUCCAUCACUGGCUGGGUAUCUGCCAAGAACAGUUUGAUAUCGAUGAGUAUUCACGGGCCGUCCGGGACGUGAAAACCGACUGGAACGAGGAUUGCAAGAGCCCCAAGAAGGGCCGGUGCUCUGGCCACAACCAUGUGCCCAACUCCCUCAGCUACGCCCGCGACGAGCUCACCCAGUCUUUCCACCGGCUCUCGGUGUGUGUGUACGGCAACAAUCUCCAUGGCAACAGCGAGGUGAACCUCCAGGGCUGCAGGGACCUGGGGGGAGAGUGGGCCCCUUUUCCUCAUGACAUCCUGCCCUAUCAGGACUCCGGUGAUAGUGGGAGUGACUACCUUUUCCCCGAAGCCAGUGAAGAAUCGGCAGGCGUCCCCGGGAAGUCAGAACUUCCUUACGAAGAGCUGUGGCUGGAGGAAGGCAAGCCCAGCCAUCAGCCUCUCACUCGCUCCCUGAGUGAGAAGAACAGAUGUGAUCAGUUUAGAGGUCCUGUCCGGUCCAAAUGUGCAACUUCUCCCCUUCCUGUCCCUGGGACUCUGGGAGCAGCAAUGAAGUCUUCAGAUACUGCCCUACCUCCACCUCCAGUGCCUCCCAAAUCUGAAGCCGUCAGGGAAGAAUGCCGGCUCCUGAACGCCCCACCUGUUCCACCCCGAAGCGCAAAGCCUUUGUCUACCAGUCCCUCCGUCCCUCCUCGCACAGUCAAGCCAGCGCGGCAACAGACUCGCUCUCCCAGCCCCACCUUGUCCUACUAUUCUUCAGGGCUGCACAACAUCAGCGUUACUAAAAGUGACACAAGUCCUUCUGAAAGUGCUCCUGUUUCCUGCUAUCCGUGCACCCGAAUGAAAACGGAUUCUGUGGACCUGAAAUCCCCAUUUGGAAGUCCUUCUGCUGAAGCGCUAUCCUCCCGGCUCUCGUGGCCUAACCAUUACUCGGGAGCCUCAGAGGGCCAGACCAGGAGUGACUUCCUGCUGGAUCCAAGCAGGAGUUACAGUUAUCCCAGACAAAAGACACCCGGCACACCAAAGAGAAAUUGCCCAGCACCUUUUGAUUUUGAUGGCUGUGAGCUCAUGGCGAGCCCCCCCAGCACAGUCACUGUAGAAUUCAGUAGCAGCGUUUCUGGUUGUCCCAAGUCAGCCAGCUACUCUCUGGAGAGCACAGAAGUGAAAACUCUUGCAGCUGGCACGACAAAGCAGAGUAUUUCAUGCCCUGCCUUACCCCCCAGGGCCCCAAAGCUAGCAGAAGAGAAAGCUGCCUCCGAAACAUCUCCUUUGCCUCUGAAAAUUGAUGGUGCUGAGGAAGACCCCAAGGCUGGGUCACCAGAUCUCUCUGAGGACCAGUAUUUUGUUAAAAAGGGCAUGCAGGACAUCUUCUCCGUCUCCUACCCAUUCCCAUCUCCGCUCCACCUCCAGCUGGCCCCCAGAUCUUGCGGCGAUGGCUCCCCGUGGCAGCCGCCUGCUGACCUGUCUGGACUCUCUAUAGAGGAAGUGUCCAAGUCGUUACGGUUCAUCGGUUUGUCCGAAGACGUCAUAUCGUUCUUCGUUACCGAAAAGAUUGAUGGGAAUUUGCUUGUUCAACUAACAGAAGAAAUCCUCUCAGAGGAUUUCAAAUUGAGCAAACUGCAGGUGAAGAAAAUAAUGCAAUUCAUUAAUGGCUGGAGGCCCAAAAUAUAGCCAAAUGGCCCCAGCUGGCAUGGAGCAGGACUGAUAAGUGUGUGUUCUAGAAAAGGGGGUGCUGGGACACAAGUUCAUGUUUUUGCACUAAAACCUUCUCUGUAAAUAGGGGUAAGAGAAACUCUUACUAUGCAGAUUACGUUUUUGAAUGGUGAACAGGCUAUUUUGUACAUCAAUAAAAAUGCUGUACAGAACACUUGGAGAUGUGCCUUGUACGUCACUCAACACUCAGCAGCUGCUAAAAGAAAAAAAAAGGCAUGUGCGGAGAAAUCAUUGUUACCCGAGUAGGUUUAUGCAAGGAGGUAUGAUAUUUAUUACAAAAUAGCCAAAGCCGUAAGACAUAAGAAUCUUAAAAAAAAACACUUUUGAACAACAAUUCCCUUCUUUCAGGGAGCUGACUUUAAACAAUUAACUAUAUUGUGUACCCUGUCGUCUGGAUUGCUUAACGCUCUCUGUUUUUCUCUUGUGCCUGAAAAUGUUAGUGGUAUGAAAUGUUACAUGCUUAGUGAGAAUCUUUUAUCAGAAGGCGUUUUCCGAAAGUCAUGUGUUCCUGACACCCUCAGAAAUCAUGACCAUAAGAAUUUCUCUGUAACUGCUGCUAAUUUUACUGAGCAGAAAGGAAACAAAAUAUACAUACCUGUCUGUGAUGUGUGUACACGAUACACCAGUCUGUUCUAAACAUCAUUUGGAGUCUGAUAUUUUAGAUAAUACCCCUUCACUUUCAAAUAUCCCUUGAAGUUUAAGAACUUUUAGGUUGAUUCUCUUAAGAAUAGCGGACAGAAUGAUUCCAAAGAUUCUCAGAACCCUGUCACUCGAAGCUUGUUUUUAUUUGGCUCCAUCACUAAAAACUUGGAACAAAUCAACAGAGUUGCUUUUUAAGCCCACUGUAGGGCUGACUGUUGCAUAGCAUACCCCAUGGUGAGAUCUGGGGAAAUGACAGCUUUCGUUGAAUAAUUCUCGGGUUCAAGGGCCUUUUUCCCCCGGUGUCCGUCUGACAGUGAGAGGUCUGAAGAGCAUUUCUCAGAGUGUGUCAAGUGUUCCUGGCUUGCUCCGUGCUCUAGAAGAGCUCAGAAAUCAGAUACACAAUCCUUUAUUAUCACAUACGCCACAUCUGUUGAGUCAUCUUUAAAAUAUCAAGAAGAGGACUUGUUCAUCUCAUAGACAUCUUCCUCCCCCAUUCCCCCCCAAAAUGCAUUAUUACCGUACUUUUAUCCCAAGAAUUCCUAGGAGAUUAGUCUGAGAAAUUGUUGCCAAAUGUGAUUAAAUGUUCCAUAACUUAAUUGUUCUUGACUUUCUGAAAGAAUAUGAAUCUGAGAGAAGUUUUAGUUCUUUGAGCAAUGCAUCACCCAGCAGCCCCCCCAGCAGCCCAGUCUGUCCCCAGAUUAUAGAUGUACCAUUACGGAGAUGCACCUGUGACCUCUGGGGUGGGGCGGCUCAGUCAACAAGGUGACAGCGUGACUUGCAGGAUUGGGUUAUAUUUUAUCAUCUCCUCUUCCAGCUCACCAGAAUAAAUAAAUGUAAGGACCCAGCAGUCGAGUUCUGUAGACCUGUGAUAGAUGUCUUUAUUCCUUCACAUUAGGAAGAUUUUUUUUUUAACCCUUCUCAUGGUUUAGAAUUGAGGUGAAUUGAUUCCUAUUCUGAUUUUCCACCUAUGUCUCCUUUAUUUAAAAUAUGUUUUUGUCCUCCUGACAUGUUUCCCAAAAUGUAAAUACUGUACCCUUCAGGAGUAACUGACGAGGAGUGUCGGGUACCAACCACACUCGCAGGAACCCCAGGAGAUUUUCAUGUUUCGAAACCAUCCUUCUGUGUGAGGGGAACUGCCUCCCUCAAUAAAAUUAACCUUUAAAAACUCCUUUUUUCAAACAGCAAUAGACAAGAUGCAUUUGCCAAGCUGCACAUUGUCAUCAGCAGACCCUUGCUGAAUCAGUCUCAAAACACUUAGCACUUGGAUAAAAUUCUCAAAUUCAAGAGGGGAGGAUCAGGGAUGGUUUGGGUUUACGUCGAAGAUUGCCCCACAUAAACAACUGACUUCUGUUUUUUCUGUUGCAAGAACUUCACACAAGAUAGAAUUGUUUUCUUUUUGUGCAUGUGUUUGUUCUAGCUCUUGGCAUAUUUGUGUGAAAUCUAGUUGAUUGGCAGUAGGGAGAAUCCUUGAGGGCAGGGACUGUGGCCUUCGAAUCCUGGAUGCAUUAGCCAGUCAUGGGGCCCGGUGCUGGUAUCCCUCUGAUGCUGGGAAAAAGAGGGCCCCUGCCCUGUUGGAAUUCAUGUUGUUUAUAUUUAAAAUCACGGUUGCUGAGACCAUGUAUAUGUGGGUAAGGGAGAUAUGAAACCUGGCCAGCUGGGUGAUUGAGAGUAACUGUGUCCUGUCUUUAAGGAAUCCACCAAAGGAAGAAAUGGCAUCCUGUAUUUAAGGGCACGAUUCGUGAGCAGCCUGUGACCGUCACAACAUGGAGUGUGUUGAAGGGACACUGUCUCUCAUUGCCUAGUGGGGGGUUUUCUGUAACUUUUUCACUUGUCCUAAAUACCUUCUGGCAUCUCUAAAAACCACAAAGGAAUGUCACGGCAGUGCCUGAGCCUCGCACCUGUCUGAAGGACCUUGGCACCCUGACCAAGAGGCAUUCAGGACCCCGAGAGAAUCACGGCAAGGAAGGAACACAGAGGAGGGUGAGGAGGAGACAGCCCUUCCCCACCCAGGGCUGAGAUUCUGCAGGGAGACGUGAUGUACAAACCCCAGAGCAGAACCCUUCUGAACGGGCAGGUCAACACCGAGUACAGCUCCUCCUGGCAGGUUCCCUGUAACUGCAGCAGUGACCACGACGUGUGGGAAGGGGCAGUGGAGUGUCUGUCUAAACAAGACCUUUUGGAGGUCCUUAAAUUCAUGGCAAGAAUCGUCACAGCACCCCUCAGAAAAGAAAUCAGCAAUAAACCAAGCCAAACAGCUACAAAGUUCAAUGUGGACCUGACUCAUGUCGGGGUGAGAACUCAAAUACUCACAGAUCAGCUCCUUCUCAGAAUCUUGUAAAUGCCUGCAAAUUCUCUCUUCUUUAAAGUUGAGCUGCCUCAACUUUAUGAACUGUGAAAUUUACACUUACAUCCUUUCAACCCACAUACACCAUUCAAGUUUACGAAGUUGCGGGAGGCUGCCCAUUCAGCUGCAUUGCUGUGUUUAUUCUUGUCUCGUGCAGAAAUACAACAACCUUCCAGGACAUAUUGUGACAAUCCAUUUCAACUGUUUUCAGACACGCACGUCAGCAGCCUCUGUUCCCAUUCCAGAGCCACCUGUGCAUCAUCCAUACAGCUCCCUGAGAAAUUCAGGACUUGGGUGUAGAUAAAUAUAGGGCCCUUCAGUUUCCACACAUUUUGUACAAGUUGCUACUCAUCGUGCCUGGUGAGUAUAAGGUUAACGUUCUGAAUUACUGGAAAGUCCUCCAAAGGACCUAUGUGCAAAGGAAAUUUCCAUUUCAGUCUGCAAAGUUUAAAAAUCUGCUGUUGAACAUGAGAGAUUUUUAGAAACAUGCCCAUUAUAUCAAUUCCCACUAUUUUUCAAGUAAAAAGUCCCAGAGUUUGAGUGAUGGGAAGCAGGACUUUCAUACUGUGGAGUUGUAAUAUUAGGGUAUUCUUCUGGCCACAUCACGUUAAGUCACACUGCUUCCUCUUCCAGACUUGGUGUUUUAAAAUUUGUCUCAUUGUGAUAGUGAGAAAAGGCGUGAGCGUGAUUUCAUUCAAAACUAUACAAAUAUCUUCUGUAAUUUUGCUGCUCUAAGUUUUAGGCUAGAAAUUUUGUAUUAGAGCUUACCAGAUCGCGAAUUUCCCUUGUUUACGGUCUAAUGUAGUAGGGCUCAGAUAAACUGUAAACCUUUGCUCCCACUUUUAUAUUAAGUUCCAUUUAAAAUGUUGUGUAAGCUAAGCCGAAAAAUUGAAUUCCGUGAAGAAUUUGGGGGAGUUUUCCUUAAACAGAAAUGUAUUCUUUUCAAAGAAUUUUGUAGCCAUCUUUACGGUUUCUUGGCUUGGAAAACUUGUUCAGCACUAGUUAACAGUGGCAUUACUUUCCAGAGCAUUAGCUAAUGGGCCCGGUGUGUACCUCAAGAUAAACACGGUAUGUUAUGUCUGAAACAAAUUCCUUGUCUGUUGAUUUAAAUGGUUCCGAAAUGUCUAUAAAUAAAGACAUUUUCAAAGUCA